UUCAGCAUCGAUGACUUUGCUUCUAGCCAAAAUGCAUGCUUUAUUCCUAGUGCAUUACUGCUUCACCUUUAGUAUAGGGCUCGGGUGCAGUGCUGCAUUAAAGUUGGUGGUGGGGUCCGCUGGGGACCCAGUAACGCUGCGCUGCAAAUACAGCGUUGAAACGCACGGGGCUGUAAGCGCGUGCUGGGGACGAGGCUUGGUGCCGCUGUUCAAAUGCCAGGACACCAUCGUUUCCACCGAUGGAGCUAAAGUGACUUUCAGGACUUCGGGGAGGUAUCAGUUACGGGGGGGAAUGGAGGGAGGCGAUGUCUCCCUCACCAUCGUCAACAUCACGCAGCAAGACUCGGGGAAUUAUGGAUGCCGCGUGGAAAUACCAGGACUGUUCAACGACGAAAAAUACAACUUCCAUUUGCUGGUCAGAGAUGCCUUCACCACAGAGGGAACCAUUGUAGUACCUGCCAGAGUCCAGACUGAGCAAGAGGGUCACGACUUCACAGGGAACACGAUACGGAUUAUAGCAAUAAUAGUCAUUUCAGCAUUAAUCCUCUGCAUUAUUACAGGUUCAAAGUUCUCCAGGAGAUGCCAGAUCAGCAGAAACACACAGGAAGAUGCAGUGCCCACUGUCUGACUCAAAUAAGCGCUGAUUCCUGGCUAGGAAAGCAGACAUGGAAGGCGAACAAGACUGAAACAAAUAAAUGAAGAAGUGCAUGUGCUGGAGGUCACCAACGCGAUAGGAAAGUCCCUUCAUGCUCACAUUCAAACAGAAGGAAUGGUUCUCAAACAGUAUCAUAUGCUGAAAAAUAUCAGUGACAGCUGCUAUGACCCACAUGCAAAAUGUGUGAUCUUUUCUGACGCUCCCUGACUGCUGUGACAAUGAAGACAGCGGUCAUCAUCAUUUUCCCCUCACUGGUCACAGAGGAAGUAGAGACCCUCCCACCAAGGGACCAAUGAGAGUCUUUUAAAUGAAACUGGCGAUUCAUGACACCAUUCAUGUGAGUCUGGCUUCAGAAAAAGUGCCGUGCGCUUCCUCUGUGCAUGCUGGGCUUUGUAAUUCCAGGAGGGGAAACCAGUGAAAGCCAGUGAAGGCAGUGAUUACCGGACAUGCCCGACCCCCAAAAGCUCAGUGGCUGACCAGCAGCUUGUCACUCUGUGCAUAGAUCUGACCCGGCUCAGAACCUUCCCACUCUUCUCCUUCCCACUCUGAGUUUUCAGGAAAUUGUUUCAGCUGCCUAUGGUCUCCUGACUGUCAUGCUAGCAGACAGUGUCGGCACACGCCAGGACAGCCACACUGGAGCACGGGUACAGGUGGGGGGGGGGAGGGGAGGGACACGUAAAAUGACCCUCCAUGCACCAAAGAGGGAGGAAACACUGCCGCGUACUGCAGUGUUCUGACAUCACAGGCCAGCGCAGUGCGGAGAGGAAGUCCGAGGUGGGCUGAUUUCCUACAGACCACUUCCUUUAAGCCCUCUGCUAAGACCUUGCUAACUCUGUGUUCAGGCUAAAAAUGCACUGAUACCUUAACACACACUCUAACGUGACCCUUAACACACAGUCUAAUAAAACACACUGUCUCGCAUAGCAUACAACCCACAGUUUGAUGUAACAAUGUCUGAAGUAACAUAACGUAGUCUAAUACGACAUAAGUCAUAUAACACACAGUCCACCAGGGGCGCAGAUGGUGGUGGGGAAGGGGGGACAGUUAUAUAUAGCCACCCCCCCACUUUUGGUGAAAAAAAAUGAUAAGUAGCAUCCCUAAAUAAAGUAUCAUUGGACAUCUAAAGCUUCAGACUCAUUAAACUGUCAACCAUCACAUACUACUCACAGCAUGUGGAUACUGCAGUCAGGAGUCCACACACACUCACACUCCCACUGUCUCACUUUAUCUCCAUUUAUAGGUAGACAAAGUUCACACUUUCCUAUCAGCUCACAAAUAACUUCAAAAAUUUCAGCUUCCACAAUGACCUGCCAAUUUAACAAAGGAUAAAUAACUCAAAUACUGAUGUUACUUUUUUUAAUUCAAAAGCAUCUGUACUUUAUGUAACACUGCUGAAGUAUCUGAUUGUUCUCAUUAAAAAGAGAAAAACGAAA